AUGGAAGCCAUCUUCCCACUAGCAACGUAUUCGUAUGGAUGCAAGCACCUGAGCGAGCCUGGCGCCGUGGGAAAUGGGAAUCCAGACUUUGACCUUUCACAAGCAACAGCGCCAAUCCGAGGGCCACUUGCGGAGGCGGCAGAUGGAUGGGAAAGGCAACAUAAAUUAGUGGAAGCCCUGGUGGCCAAAACUCUCCGCUGCCAGUUUUUGACGACGGCUGUGGGCCUGUGUGCCGAAGCAUCACGACGAUAUAAAGAAGUCAAGGUGAAGGUGAAAGCGAAAGAGAGCGAGAAAGGGGGGGGAAAGGAGGCGGCCAGUGACAAGACGAGACGCGCGCGCGAGCAGAGUCGCAGUCGGUGGGCCGGACGGAUGCUGCCAGCGAGGGCACUGAGGACGCGCCUUGCCUUGGCCCUUGCUUCUCGUUCUCGUCGCCAGCAGAGUCCGAGUAGUACCGCCUCAACUGUCUCGUCGCCUUGUCGUCGCCUUGUCGUCGCCUUGUCGUCGCCUUACAGGCACAGCACUACUGCGUCAUAUGGCCAGCUGUCAAAAGCGCAACGGCGCAAAAGCGCAAAGCCACCGCGAGGCUCCGUGAAAGUGGAGGGAAAUGCGAGACAGACGCAUGGGGAGGAGAGGCCCAAACCCAAAGCCACCAUCGCCUGGGCGUCAGCCGCUGAUCUCGACCGCAGCAGCAACGCAUCACAGCCGGUCGGUUGGCCAUGCCCUCUGGCUACCUCUGGCUACCUCUGGCUAACAGCGUCGGCCUCACCAUGGGGUGCUAUCUCCGGGGCAUCAGCCAUCCAAAUGGAACGUGUUCCGGCUUUUCUGGGGUGGCCAAGGCAAACAAGUGGUGCAAGUAAAUCCGAGAAAUACCACCUCGCGACGCACUCGGUGGGCCCUCCGUGUGCUCCGAUAUUUGGCCAAUUUCUGGUCCACCUUGGGCCCGCCUUUGAUCAACGCCAUCGCGGAUGUCAACUCACGGCGCCUCGAGUUGAGGACCCCCAGAAUCGUGAGCAAGGCGCCGUUCCUGUGUUGGAUUUUGCAUUGAUGCGAGUGCGUCUAAUCCUUGAGCUCCAUGUCGGAGCGAUUGUCCGUGGCGACGACGUGUACAGUACCUACUGA